AUGUCGCUUCUACAGAAUGAGGAUUUCACCAUCUGGCAGCUACGCACUUCGUAUCUUUCGGCCAUCAAAGACGGUAUCGGUGAUCGCCUUAUCAACGUCAACGACUCCGUGCUCAAUGCGCCCGGAUUCCGCGCCGCUGGCUGGCUGGCUGCAACUACGAGUCCUACUACGCAAGAACAGGGCUCGCUCGUCAAGCGGACUUAUUCGCCGCCCAUCCCCACUACUGCUACAGUCGCAUCCGAAUACUACCACUUUGCCAGACAUAACCACGGAGAUCCCAAUGAGGAGGACCGGCUCAGCGUCGGCGACGACGGUGAUGAAGAUGAAGGCGGCAUGGUGACGGGAGGGGGUGGUGGCAGUACCUACGUGUUUGGGGCGAAACAUCAUGGCCGAGGUGCCCGCAAGAAUAGACGACGGGAUCGUCCGAUGCAGAGACAAGGCGAGGGCGAUGAUGAAGAUAGCAGUGAUUUGAGCGAUGACAGCGACGAAGAGGGAGACGUGGGACGCGCGGCCCAGCAAAUCAAGUUCUCGAAAAUGCCAGUACGAGAUAGGUCGGGUUCGUUACCUAUCCAUGAUCAUCGAGAAGGCCCGGAAUCAGCUGCGCCCUCGGCACGUCACCCGUCUGCAAAUAAUGGAUACCGGCGAAGCUCGGUGGGAGUAGUCGAGACGGCAACAAAAGGGCGGCCGCGGGGUGAUACCGUCACAAGCAGCGACUUGUCUGAAGGAGACAAUCCUGCUCUUUUUAAGAAACGACAGAUCCAAUUCUCUUCCCGACACCAGCUCAUUGAGGAACCGGAAGACGACGAUGACGACGAUGAGAAUGACGAGAACAGCGGAUUGCACCCCGGGGGCCUUAACGACCAAGAUGACGAUUCCGUCGCUGGGUCGGUUGAUUCGGCCUUGUCGUCGGAUUUUGGUGCUACUGCUGGAUCGGCAUCACUCCUUGGUAAUGUUGAACUCAACAAUACUUUGGGUUCCUCGCUUGCUAUAAUGCAUAAGCUUCCCAACACGAGCUCCCAGGGCGCAUCGCCCAAGAAAUCCAAGACCACAUUACCGGAUUUACAGGAAUUACCUCCUCCUCGCCCUAUCAGCACCUUACAGCCAAUUAGCUUACUGUCGAAAGAGCUGAAUGCGCGCAAAGUCGUGCCCAGCAACCCCGUUGAGCGGUUUGCAGCCCUGUGGGGAGGGGAUUCCAGCAAUUCCAGCAAUGCACUGAGUAUCAAAAUCUACGCCCCUUUCUCCGAAGACCCAGAGGAACCGUUCAACAUGCCGAUCCUUCGAGAAUCUCGAGACCAGGACCAAACGCGACCCGUGACGGUCACAGAGGCCAUUGGGUUGGCUCUAUGGCGAUAUCUCAAGGAGGAUCUCGAGCCAUCCAUCGAGCCCAAAAACCUGAGCGUGAACCGAUGGACGUUGCGUAUGGUUGAAGACGGCGAGGUCGAUUAUGAUUUCCCAGCCUUGAAUCGAAAUCUCCCGCUGGCGGAUUUCACAUCGAACAACAACCGCGCUGCCGGAACCAGAGGCCGAAUGAGGGGGAAACAGUACGAUGAAUUCGCACUGGUCGAGGCGUCGGAUGCGGAGUUUGCAGAAAACUGUCGUCUUUACCCCAAGUUCAACCCAGAGCCUGUUGCGGAAUCCAACAACGAGGGCAGUUCAACCUUGCAGCCUCCAAAUAGUAUCCCUCCUCAGAUGAGAGCCGGUGCUGCAGCACCACGGCCUAACCCUAUCCUUGGAAAACCUUUCUCGUCGGCGUUGGAUCAUAACACUUUGACUCCAGCUGAUAUGCCGGUCCCGACGUACCAUGCCACCCCUCGCCUGGGUGUCCAGAAGACGCUGAAGGUCCGAUUCAUCAACAUCGAAGCAUCUAGUCAGACGACAACGGUCAACACCGCCACUGAUAGCUAUAUUGCCGAGAUCUUGGAUUCGGUCUGCAAGCGAUGGGGGCUCGACAAAGCCAACUAUUUACUCAAGGUGAAGGGAACCAAUACCGUUGCUCCCCUAGAUCGUACAGUGGAAGUGCUAGGCAAUGUGACCGAGCUAGACGUUGUCCGUCGCCGAUUUGGCGCGGGGGCGACAUUUGCAGGGUCUCCUGGCAGCUCGUCGCCCAACGCGCCUCUUCAGAUUGACAAUUCGACUCUGGCGGCGGCAAAGAAAGGCAAGAGAGGCCACCAGACACUCCAGCCGCUUUUGCAGCCACAGAAACAAGAUUUGGUGGGAGGUUACUACCGGCGAUACUACGUGUACCGCAAGCAAUCCAUGUCCUUCACGGCGUCGAACCAAAAGGUGCUUAUCCUCGACAACGACUACCUGCACAUCAUGCCCAGCGACGCAGCAAAAGGGAUGGUUGACAACACGGGCAAGACGCGAUCGAUCAAUUUCAACGACAUUGUCGGCAGCAAAGUAAGCCGGCGACACCCCAAGAGCUUCCGCGUCGUAGUACUCCGGGGCACCGAUGCGCACGAGCAGAAGCGCUAUGACUUUGAAGCUCGCAACGAGAGUGAAGCUGCUGAGAUUGUUGGAGAGAUCAAGAAGAACAUGGAGCAUUUCCGGGUCUAG